AUGGUAUCAUUAAUUGUCGUCAAUAAUAGAUAUAUCAUUGGUAUGAUAGCUAUGAUAUCAAUGUUGUUGACUAUUGAGACUAUUGAUACAAAUCUGUUAUCACUGAAAACAGAAAACAUAACUUAUAAUGAAUACAACUUGAAAAACUUUUGCCUAAAUAGUAGUAAUAGUAGUAGUAGUAGUACUGUCAAUGGCAUCAAUGGGAUUAUCAACCUAAGCAGCAGCACCGGCAGCACCGGUACAAACAUCAACAGUACUAACAUACCGGCCAUUGUCUAUCUGUUAGCUGAUGACAAUAAAAACAUGUCGCUAACCAACUGUACCAUUAGAUUUGUAGUUCCCAUCAAAAAAGGUCUACUAAUUGGUGUCGAUAGUAUUGCAAUCGAUAGUGGAGAUUAUCUGGCUAUCGGUUCAUCGGAUAAACGAGUGGUGUAUUGGUUUCACAAUAAAACUGGUAGUCAAGUAGGACUGGCCUUUAAACAAAAAAAUGUCCAAACAGUUGAUCUAACAUUUCACGGGGGAAAUGCUAGUAAUUCAAGUUUCUCAUUGAUUAUGACACCCUAUGAUGUGUCAAUUAUGGGAUAUUGUUUUUCAUCGACAAAUCUUAAAUGCCGUACAGAUGAUGGUGACUACCAGUGCCUAUCCAGACAAUACCAGUGCGAUGGUCAUCGUAACUGUGCCGAUGGUAAUGAUGAAAAUAGGUGUCCGACACCAUCACCGACAACAACAACGACUACUACUACUACACCUAAACCUACUACUACUACACCUAAACCUACUACUACUACACCUAAACCUACUACUACUACACCUAAACCUAUUACUACUACACCUAAAUCUACUACUACUACACCAAAACCUACACCAAAACCGAUACCGACACCAACACCGGGUCCGUCACCGUCACCGACAACCAGUCGACAACAACCGCUAAGUGGCGGUCAAAUAGCCUUUAAGAUUAUUAAUUAA